GUGGAGCCCGCCAGGCCGCCUGUUCCCACAGCCGCCAGCCAAGCAGAGCGCUGCCAUGGCGCUGGCCAGGCCUGGGACCCGGGACCUCAUGCCCCCAGUCCCUCUCCCGCUGCUGCUGCUGCUGCUGCUGCUGCUGCUCUGGGCCCCUGCCCUCGCCCUCCUGACCGGAACGGUGCCGUCGGAGACUCCAGGGGUCUGUGCCUCAGACCCGUGUGCUCCAGGGACCGAAUGCCAGGCUACAGAGAGUGGUGGCUACACCUGCGGGCCCACGGAGCCCCGGGGCUGUGCCAGCCAGCCAUGCCACCACGGUGCUCUGUGUGUGCCCCAGGAUCCAGAUCCCAACGGCUUCCGCUGCUACUGCGUGCCUGGAUUCCAGGGCCCACACUGUGAGCUGGACAUUGAUGAGUGUGCGUCCCGGCCCUGCCACCACGGGGCCACAUGCCGUAACCUGGCUGAUCGCUAUGAGUGCCACUGCCCCCUCGGCUAUGCAGGCGUGACCUGCGAGUCAGAGGUGGACGAGUGCGCCUCGGCGCCCUGCCUGCACGGGGGCUCGUGCCUGGACGGCGUGGGCUCCUACCGCUGUGUGUGCGCGCCAGGCUACGGGGGCGCCAGCUGCCAGCUGGACCUGGACGAGUGCCAGAGCCAGCCCUGUGCGCACGGGGGCGUGUGCCACGACCUGGUCAACGGGUUCCAGUGUGACUGCACGGACACGGGCUUUGAGGGCACGCGCUGUGAGCAGGAGGUGCUGGAGUGCGCAUCGUCACCUUGCGCACACAACGCGUCCUGCCUGGAGGGCCUGGGAAGCUUCCGCUGCCUUUGCUGGCCAGGAUACAGCGGCGAGUGGUGCGAGGUGGACGAGGACGAGUGUGCAUCGGGCCCCUGCCAGCAUGGGGGCCAGUGCCUGCAGCGCUCUGACCCGACCCUCUAUGGGGGCAUCCAGGCUGCCUUCCCAGGUGCCUUCAGCUUCCGCUAUGCUGCUGGCUUCCUGUGCCGCUGCCCUCUGGGCUUUGAGGGGGAUGACUGCAGCGUGGACGUGGACGAGUGUGCCUCACGGCCGUGCCUCAGCGGAGGCCUCUGCCAGGACCUGCCCAACAGCUUCCAAUGCCACUGUCCAGAUGGCUACACAGGCCCGACAUGUCAGGAGGAUGUGAACGAAUGCCUGUCAGAGCCUUGCCUCCACGGUGGCACCUGCGAAGACACGGUGGCCGGCUACAUCUGCUGGUGCCCAGAGACCUGGGGUGGGCAUGACUGUUCCGUGCAGCUCACCGGGUGCCAGGGCCACACUUGCCCGCUGGCUGCCACCUGCAUCCCCACCUUCAAGUCAGGGGUCCACAGUUACACCUGCCACUGCCCACCUGGUACCCAUGGACCUUUGUGUGGCCAGAAUACCACCUUCUCCGUGGUGGCUGGGAACCCUGUCCGGGCUGUGGUGCCAGCUGGUGGUCCCUUGGGUCUGGCACUGAGGUUUCGUACCACAGUACCUUCUGGUCCCUUGGCCACUUGCUCGGAUACUCAGGACAGCUUGGAGCUGGCACUGGUGGGGGCCAUGCUUCAGGCCACACUCAGGAGCCGUGGCAACAAUGUGCUUGUCCUGAGGCUGCUGGACAUGGCCCUAAAUGACGGCUACUGGCACCAAGUGGAGGUGGCACUCCGCCUAGGGGUCCUGGAGCUGCGGCUCUGGCACGAAGGCUGCCCUGCCCGCCUGUGUAUGGCCUCCAGUCCUGUGGCCCUGCCUCCUCUGGCUUCCCAGGCCCCGAUGCCUGCUGGGUUCUGCUCCAGCCAGCUGGGUGGCGGGGCCUUUGCAGGCUGCCUCCAGGAUGUCCACGUGGACGGCCACCUCCUGCUGCCUGAGGAUCUCGGCGAGAAUGUCCUUCUGGGCUGUGGGCGCCAGGAGCAGUGUCAACCUCCGCCGUGUGCCCACGGAGGGGCCUGCGUGGACCUGUGGACUCAUUUCCUUUGUGACUGCCCCCGGCCCUAUAGCGGUCCCACAUGUGCUGAUGAGGUUCCUGCUGCCACCUUUGGCUUGGGGGGCACCCUGAGCUCUGCUUCCUUCCUGCUCAACCAGCUGCCAGGCCCCAACCUCACUGUGUCCUUCCUCCUCCGCACUCGGGAACCUGCUGGCCUUCUGCUCCAGUUUGCCAACGACUCAGCAGCUGGCCUGACGGUGUUCCUGAGCGAGGGCCAGAUCCGGGCCGAGGUGUUGGGCAGUCCCGCGCUGCUGCUCCCAGGGCGCUGGGAUGAUGGGCUCCGCCACCUGGUGAUGCUCAGCUUUGGGCCUGACCACCUGCAGAGCUUGGGGCAGCAGGUGCAUGUGGGUGGGAGGCUCCUCCCUGCUGAUGCCCAGCCCUGGGGUGGGCCCUUCCGAGGCUGCAUCCAAGACCUGCGGCUCAACGGCCUUCACCUCCCCUUCUUUCCACCGCUGCUGGGGAACUCCAGCCAGCCCAGUGCCCCGGGCAGCAGGCAGUCCUGGAAUCUCACUAUGGGCUGCGUCUCCGAGGAUACUUGCAGUCCUGACCCCUGUCUCAAUGGUGGGACUUGCCUCGUCACCUGGAAUGACUUCCAUUGCACCUGCCCUGCCAACUUCACAGGGCCCACGUGUGCCCAACAGCUGUGGUGUCCUGGACAGCCCUGUCUCCCGCCUGCCACCUGCGAGGAGGUCCCUGAUGGCUUUGUCUGUGUGGCCGAGGCCACGUUCCGCGAGGGCCCCCCAGCUGAAUUCAGUGGGCACAACGCGUCGUCGGGGCGCGCUCUCAGCGGCCUGUCACUGGCCUUCCGAACGCGUGACCCCGAGGCCGGGCUGCUGCGCGCCGAGGACGCCCCUGCCACCAUCUGGCUGGCGGUGCGCAACGGCUCACUGGCGGCCGGCGUGCGCAGCGGCCCCAGCCUGCUAGGUGCGGUGCUGCCGGCGCCCGGGCCGCGCGUGGCGGACGGCGCCUGGCACCGCGUGCGCCUGGCCAUGGAGCGCCCGGAGGCCGCCGCGUCGCGCUGGCUGCUGUGGCUGGACGGCGCGGCGACGCCUGUGGCGCUGCGCGGCCUGGCCGGCGACUUGGACUUCCUGCGAGGCCCAGGCGCCGCGCGCGUCCUGUUGGCGGAGAACUUCACCGGCUGCCUGGGUCGCGUGGCGCUCGGCGGCCUCCCGCUGCCCCUGGCGCGCCCGCGGCCCGGCGCGGCCCCCGGCUCUCGGGAGCCCUUCUCAGCCUGGCCCGGGGCGCCGGCCCCGCUCCUCGGCUGCCGAGGCGCGCCCGUGUGUGUUCCGUCGCCCUGCCUGCACGGCGGCGCCUGCCGCGACCUCUUCGACGCAGUCGCCUGCGCCUGUGGCCCAGGCUGGGAGGGCCCACGCUGCGAGGCGCGCGCCGACCCGUGUCGCUCGGCGCCUUGCGCCCGGGGCCGCUGCCACGCGCGCCCCGACGGCCGCUUCGAGUGCCGCUGCCCGCCCGGCUUCGCCGGCCCGCGCUGCAGGUUGCCUGUCCUGCCAGAGGAGUGCAGCCCGAACAUCACCUGCCUCAGUGGCGCCCCGUGUGAGGGUGGGCCCCAGGGUGCCAACUGCAGCUGCCAGGAGAGUUUUGCCGGCCAGAGGUGUCAGAUCCCCUGUGAAGCCAACCCCUGCUUGAAUGGGGGCACCUGCCGGGCAGCUGGUGGGGUGUAUGAAUGUAUCUGCAGUACAAGGUUCUCAGGCCAGUUCUGCGAAGUGGUGAAGGGGCUGCCGCUGCCGCUGCCGUUCCCACUGCUGGAGGUGGCAGUGCCUGUGGCCUGCGCUUGCCUCCUCCUCCUCCUCUUGGGCCUCCUCUCAGGGAUCAUGGCAGCAAGAAAGCGCCGCCAGUCAGAGGGCACCUACAGCCCCAGCCAGCAGGAGGUGGCCGGGGCCCGGCUGGAGAUGGACAGUGUCCUCAAGGUGCCACCAGAGGAGAGACUCAUCUAGGCUCGUCUGUCUGCAGCUCCAGGACCCGUGAGGUCCUCAGCUUCCACCUGGAGACCCGAGGAGCCACUUCCAGAACCUGCAAGGAAAUGGCUCGCCCCUUCCGGGCCCUGGGGAGCUGCUAGGGGGCCCAGGAUGCCUGCUGGAGGAGUGUUCCCUUUGCUGGGAGCCCCUGCCUCUGCCCUGUUGUGGACUGAGGGGAAGGGGUGCACUCGGGGAAGCGACGAGGGUCCGGAGAGGUUGUGGCCAUUCUCCACCCGACCGCCGGGUCUUGCCGUGGCAGGGACAUGGCUGUGCGGGGGGGUGGGCACCAGGAGUGCACAUGAUGUGUUCAGGAGUGAGUGUGUGUGUGUGUGUGUGUGUGUGUGUGUGUGUGGACCUGGGACUGGACCUGCAGAUACCAGUGUGUUACGGAUGGGGCUCAUGGGCAUGUCCAGAUCUUUGCUGUGUGCGCACAUGGGUGCAGGUGACCCCGCAGAAGGGCGGCUGGGCUGUGGGGACACUAGUUCUCCCAGAGGCCAGGCCAGGACUUGCCCAAGGACCAGAGCCCCAGGUCUGGCAGCCUCUCCCACCUCCAGAGGCUGCCCCCCUCCUGGAGGCAGCUGGAAAUCAGUGGGCAGCGGCAGGGCAUCCGUCAGGGGCUGUGAGCUCCUGGAGGCAAAUCUGCCCCUUCCCUGUGCCGCCCGGAGCCAGGCUCGGGACACAGACCGCAGGGCAGACCUGCAGGAGCUGUGGGGGUGUCUGGACCCUUCUCCCACCAGUCUGUCACCUGAAGAAAGCAGCCCUGCCUACCUCCCAGGGGACCACGGGGAUGGGGCCCUGGAAGUGGCUGAAGUUGGGUCUGCUGUGAGGGCUGCCCGGGACAUCCUGUUAGGCGUGGGGAAGGGGCACGCUCCCUGAGGGGCAGCAGGGGGGCCAGAGGGUGAUGAGGACUGAGGACACCCUCCCUGCCCACCUGCGGUUCUCCAGCUCCACCAGCGCCAGCGCUGUCCUCUCCAGGCUGCCUUCCUCUGCAGACCAGUCACCUCUAUGUGGCGUUGGGAGGACUCGAGGAGAGGACUUGCAGAAAGCCCUCAGGAUUGUUUGCUGAGGCGGGUGCUCAGCAAACGUUGGCACCGCCUCUGUAUCGGGGCUGGUCCUGUGGACAGACACACAUGAGGGCAAGAAUCGGCCACCUUGCUUCCAGCCCCUUUCCUGGUGAGGCCCUCAUACUGGGCUGUCUAAGCCCUGGGACCUGGCUGAGGGCCUGGUCUCUGAGCUUCCAGUCCCUUUGUCCCUGACCUGGAGAUGUGCCCUUUGGUCCUUCCUGUUUCUCGGGCCAGCACCCCCUGUGCCUAGGCCAGGAGACCCCUUUCCACUUCUACAUGGGAGGCUGACCUUACUCAGCCCCCGCUGGGGUCUCAUCCAGCUUUCAGAGGACAGGAGUCACAUCAGAGGUGGAGCCUUGUGGUGACAGAGGGGGCAGGGGUAGGGGUGAGGCUGGGGACUCAGCUGAGGCUGGGAUGGGAAGGGCCCUGGACACUAGGUUAAGGGGGUACUUGGUCCUUAUCCUGUAGGAGGUGGGAGCGCCUUUCCCCCAACUUUCUCCAUGACUCUUGGGAAAGAGAGAGGAAAGUCUGGUACCAACAGCUUAGCCACAGCCAGUGCCUUGGUUAGUUUAUUAAGUCAGAGAUUUGGCAAACCCAUGGUCUCACAGAGCCCUAAGACAAGACCUCCUGCGUGGAAUCCCAACAUACGAAAGCUGGGCUCUUCUUUGGGGAGCGCUGAGUUGUCCUAAGGUUCAUUUUCCAGUGCAGCCUGGGGAGGGGGACACGGCCAAAUGAUGGGCAGGUGGGGGGACUGGGUGUACCUAGUGCCCACUCUGGAUGCUUGGUCUGGAUUUCCUCCCCAACACAGCUAAGGGAGGCGCGACUUCCAGGACUCUGCCCUGCUCAUGAGGUCUGUGGGGGUGAAGUUCCAGGUGUCCCCUUGCACAUGUUGUCAUGGGGCCUGGGUGCCUUUGAUAUCAUUGGUGACCCGCAGCUCUGCUCCGAGGACCUGGCAGGCCUGUGCACACCUGCGAAGCCCCCCCAUCGCCCUGGGUGCCAUGCUCUGCUUGGGAGGGGAAGGGGCUGAGCUGGGCUCAGAGGCCUGAAUGGGCAAGGCUUGGGAGUGGGCCAGGAGUCAAAGCCUCCCCC